AUGUAUGCCUCAUCUUUCGUCCCCGAUACGGGACUAGUGUCCGAGAUGUUAGAAGCAAAGACCAGCUACCGGCGCGAAUUUGACGAGAUGGAAAAUCGCAUUCGGAAAUGCGAACGGGAACGAGCUGAACUGGAGCGACGGUUUGCCGAUCUGAUGCGAGAAAGAGCUGAUUGCGAGCGAACUGCGGCCCGCGUUAUGAAAGAGCGCCAUAAACGGCAGAUCGAAGCGGACCGUCAACGCGCGGAACGGAACGAGAGCAUCCUGAGGAUGCUGAACAAGAUCGAUCUACAGGCGGCGUCGCUGGCUGCCAAAACAGACCGACUAAAAAUGCUGAAGACUCAAUACGAAGUGUAUCUAAUGCGUACCUGGUCUUCAACUCAACACACCGGGUAUCAGGCAGCACCGGCGAUGAUCAUGGCGCCACCGCCGGCACCAAAAUCGGAAUUCGUGCACUACCUCUCCGAGCUAACGCAUCAACAAACGGCCAGCCUAAACAUGAUACCACCACCAACUGCCCUAAGCAGCUAUCUUGCUUCUCAGCAGAAAGCGAUGCCAAUACUACCUUCAUUUGCUUCUACGGCGGAUGAUUCCUUCACGAGAAAGCACGAAACAAGUGCUCCAAUGCGGAACGAUAUAUCAACGGUUCCAUCCGUCGGUGGUACGAAAGCGAAACGUUUCGAGAUGUCCAACGAGGACUUUAUUCGCUACAUCGACAGUGAAGUAUUGAAGGAACCGAUUCCGAGCGUAAACGUGGUAGCUCCAUCGCCGGAACUCUCCAAGCAGAACCAAGGAGCCUACCUGGAGGACGUGACCGUAAGCGAGGACGAACAGCGAGCACCGGUGGUGGAUGGACUGUCCGAAACAUUGGAUCAAUUUAGUAUUGUCGAAAACAGCGCCAAGGCACUUGGAAAUAAGGAGGAGCUGAGCUGGGCUGACGUUGCAGAUAAGGACUAUUCUCAACAGAUGGAAGACACCGGUAAAGAAGCAGUCGUAACUACGGAACAGCAGGAGCAAGUGUCAUCAUCUGCCGACGGAUACCAUCGUGAUGAAAACGUAAUGUAUCAAGAACCUCAGUAUGACGCUACUAGCUACGGAAACGAGACCCAGCAAACGGUCACUGAAGCCUACCAGUAUCAAACGGUUGAGGGACAGUAUCAAGAGGGCCAGUACGUGGAAGGGGCUGCAACGGAUCAAUCUCUAUAUCAAUAUCAAGAAGGAACGGACCAGACAAAUCCUUACGACACGUCUAGCACCUAUCUUGAUCCCAGUCAACAACAGUAUCAGUAUGAUGAAAACGCGCAAUACUAUAACCAGCAGCAGAACUAUGGUGAAGGACAGUACUAUAGUGAAAAUACUGACCAACAGGCGCAACAACAACAACAACAACAACAGUACUACGUCGACAAUACUGUCCAACAACAGCAGCAGCAACAGGAACUGUACGAAGGCCAGGAAGAGCAUCAGCAAUUGGCAACGGAUCAGUACACUGGGGAGCAACAGCAAAUGUACUACCCAUCCGAUGGACCAGACCAAGCAACCUCACAGGACGCUCCAGCAAUGGCUGACGGUGAAGCACCAGCUGUAGUACCGGACGCUGUAGAGGACCCAAGCCGAGAUCAACCCGAGGCAACCAAACCCGUGGACCAUUCUUCAUUGGAUACAACCGCCGUCAGUGACCCGGCGAAGGAUCCUUCUGUGGAAACGAAAAACACAAUCCCGUCGUCUACAAACGACCCGCAACCGGCUACCGAUACGCCGACGUUGAGUUCGGUAAACGACGAGAGCGAUUUUGAUUUCUCCACUCAGUGA